AUGUUCAAAGUCAAAUGGGACAAUGAAGCGCCGUCAAUUGUGAUCAAAAGGUUGGACGAACCUGCAUUCUGUGGCGUCAUUGAUAAUGUGCCUGAUGAGAAACCAUGGUUUUAUGACAUUAAGAAAUUUCUGGAAACCCAAGAGUAUCCUGAGGGUGCUUCCCUCACGGAUAGGAAAACUCUGAAGAGACUAUCUGCCAAGUUCUUCAUUGCUGGAGGUGUGUUGUACAAAAGGAAUUUUGAUUCUGUGUUGCUCAGAUGCGUGGAUAGACACGAAGCAGCAAAGAUCAUGCAAGAGGUGCACGAAGGAUCCUUUGGUACACAUGCUAGUGGACAUACCAUGGCUAGGAAAAUAUUGAGAGCAGAAACCAUUAUGAUAACAGUUAAAAAAAACAGAAAACUUAUCGCAGACACUACUAGCAUUUCUACAUCCAUCAUGGUAGUGCCAUCAAAGACUAACAAACACUGCACAGCAUCUUUACACCCCGUCUUUCUCUUUAUUCUUGUUUGCUUUAUGAGUUUUGCAACUACUAAAGCAGAAAACGAUGAUGAUAUUCCAUCGAUGACUUGCUCAGAAUACAAUAAAACUACUCUGAAUAGUGUUUUUCAAAUAAAUCUCAAGACCCUUCUGUCAUAUUUAUCUGCCAACGCUACUGCCAACAAAGAGUUCUACAGCACCACAGUAGCAGACAAAAACAACUCCUCCAAUACAGUCUAUGGUAUGUUUAUGUGCAUGGGUGAUGUCCCUGCUCAUCUAUGUAGUCAGUGUGUGACAUAUAUGACUCAUUACAAUUUAUCAGACUCAGUAAUAAACUCUGAUUGUUCCCUGUCCAAAGAGGUUGCGAUGAGCAAUGACAAUUGCAUGGUCCGAUAUUCCAACAACUCAUUCUUGUCCACUGCUGACUUAAUUCACUAUUCUACCUCUUGCACCUCCGUCAACAUGUCAAAUCAGGCAAUACUUGAGGGUUUAGUUUCUGAAACUUGGAAUGGAGUGGCAGAUGAGGCAGCCAAUUUUUCAACUGGAGUCAAGAAAUACGCUACAAAGGAAGCAAUGAUAUCUGAAUUUCAAACCCUUUAUUUUCAAGCUCAGUGCACACCUAACCUGACACCACAAGAUUGUCGAAAAUGUCUGAAUGGAACCAUAAAGUGGCUCCUUCAGUUUUGUGAAAGUAAAAGUAGCAAUAUAAUAGUAGGGAAGUCUGAAACCUACAGUUGUUACAUCAGAAAUGAUUUGUACCCUUUUUAUCGCCCUAGUAAUGCUCCAACCCCACAAGAACUUGUCCCAGCUUCCAAUACAAUUGAUUCAAAAUACUCGCAGCAUCUUUCUUAUCUUUCCCACAAUUGUUCAAGCGAUGACAACAUGAACUAUGAUUUUCAAUCACAUCUCGCAACAUUAUUCUCUUCUUUGUCUUCAAAUGCCAUCUUAACUGGUUUUUUCAAGACGACUUUAGACACAGUCCAUGGCCUCUUUAUGUGUCGUGGUGAUAUAGCCCUCUCCCCUACCCUGUGUCAGUUGUGUGUCCAAGAUGCAACCAAAAGAAUAUCAUCAGAGUGCCCUUCCUCCAAAGAAGCUGUAAUUUGGUACGAUAAAUGCUUACUCCGUUAUUCCUAUCACUCUCUCAUUUCAGAUAUUAAUACAACCGCGCCUAAAUUUCACCAAUUCAAUAUGGCCAACACUUCUCACCUCAACAUGCAGCAAAGCUUCGCUACUUGGAAACUAGCAGAUAUUUUAUCUGAAGUGCCAAAAUUGCAGACAGGAGAUAGUACUAUAAAGAAUUAUGAAACAAAAUCGGUAAAAUUGAAUGAUCAUCAAACCAUUUACAGUCUUGCUCAGUGUACACCAGAUCUGUCUGAUGGGGAUUGUGGCUCUUGCUUGAAAAACAUUUUCCAAAACGAAAUUCCUUGGAAUAGUUUGGCAAGUCCAGAGGGGAAAAUUCUAUAUCCAAGCUGCUAUAUGAUGUUUGGACUGUCCCAAUUCUACAACAAUGGUAAUGAACCAGAGGAGUCUGGGCAUGUUAAUUCUCCUCCAACAACAAAAGAAAAUGAAAAAAGAAGGUCGCGAACGAUGAUAGUUGUUGUCCCAACCAUCCUUUCAACAUUACUGUUAGCAUUUUUCUGCUAUUUGCUAAGGAAAAGAGCAAGAAAGAGCAGUUAUAAAACCUUAAUUCUAAAAAAAAAUUUUGGUCAUGAAAGUACGACUUUAGAGGGUUUGCAAUUCCAAUUGGCGGUAAUUAAAACAGCAACAAACAACUUUUCAAAUGAAAACAAGAUUGGUGAAGGUGGAUUUGGACAAGUAUACAAGGGAAUACUUUCUGAUGGAAGAGACAUAGCUGUUAAGAGGCUCUCAUCAACUUCAAAUCAAGGCAUAGUUGAGUUCAAGAAUGAAAUUUUAUUGAUAGCCAAGUUACAACAAAGAAAUCUUGUGGCAUUAAUAGGUUUUUGCCUAGAAGAUCAAGAGAAGAUUCUUAUUUAUGAAUAUGUGUCAAAUGGGAGUCUUGAUUACUUUUUAUUUGAUACUCAACAACAAAAUUUAAGUUGGGAUGCACGUUAUAAAAUUAUUGGAGGAACAGCUUUAGGAAUUCUCUAUUUGCAUGAAUAUUCUCGCCUCAAAGUCAUACAUCGUGAUCUUAAACCGAGCAAUGUUCUAUUAGAUGAAAAUAUGAAUCCGAAAAUAUCAUAUUUUGGCAUGGCUAGAAUUGUAGAAAUAGACCAAGACAGUGGACAUACAAACAAAAUUGCUGGGACAAGGUAA